UAAGGAUAAGCACAAGGGGUGCAAGUAUGUGGCCCACUGCAGCAAAGUGGCUAACAGCCAUACAUAUAAAAUAAAGACAUUGGGUGUGGACCACACAUGUGGUAGGUCACUAGAUAACUCUAGUGCCAAUGCAAAUUGGUUAACCAAAAUUGUUGUGGAAAAAAUGAGGGGUAGUGGUGAACAAAAGGUCAAAGAUAUCAUGAAAGAUCUGAGGAGGCAGUAUUCUGUUGGGGUAUCAUUUCAUACAUCUUGGAGUGCAAGGAAGAGGGCCACUGAAAUAUUAGAUGGUGAUGCAAAGAAACAAUACAGUUUACUGUGGAGGUAUGCAGCUGAGUUAAAGAGGGUGUGUAAUGGGAAUAAUCUCAAGCUUAAUGUUGAGAGAACCUUGAUAACAAAUCAACCAAGAUUCAGCAAGUUUUACUUUUGUUUUGAUGGUUGCAAGCAAGGUUUUUUGGCUGGUUGUAGGCCAUUUAUUGGAGUGGAUGGGUGUCACUUGAAAACUAAGUUUGGAGGUAUAUUAUUAGUUGUUGUUGGAAGAGAUGCAAAUGACCAAUAUUUCCCAUUAGCAUUUGGAGUUGUUGAGAAUGAAACCAAAGAGACAUGGAGGUGGUUUUUAACUUUACUGCUUGAAGAUAUUGGAAACAAAAGAUGGGUGUUUAUUUCAGAUCAACAAAAGGGAUUGAUGAGUGUGUUUGAUGAAUGGUCUGAUAGAAUUGAACAUAGGUACUGUCUUAGGCAUCUAUAUGCCAAUUUCAAGAAAAAAUUUGGAGGAGGAACAUUGAUAAGGGAUUUGAUGAUGGGUGCAGCAAAGGCUACAUAUAGACAAGCUUGGAAUGUUAAGAUGGAAGAGCUGAAAAAGGUGGAUGUGAAAGCAUGGGAGUGGCUAGUGGGACAUGAUCCUAAAUUAUGGUGUAAGCAUGCAUUUUCAUAUUAUCCUAAGUGUGAUGUAUUAAUGAAUAACAUUUCAGAGGCUUUUAAUGCUACUAUAUUAUUAGCUAGAGAUAAGCCAAUCCUCACAAUGGCAGAGUGGAUUAGAACAUACCUCAUGAAUAGGAUGUCAAAACUUAGGAAUAAGUUAAGUAACUGGCAAGGUGAUAUCAUGCCUAUGCCAAGGAAAAGAUUGAACACUGAGAUUCAAAGAUCUGGAAACUUGAUAGCAACUUGGGGAAUAGGUGAUGAGUUUGAGGUUGAAAUGGUGGGUGGUGGACAUAGAUUUACUGUAAACACUGCAAAUAGGACAUGUAGUUGUAAUUUUUGGGAGUUGGUAGGUAUACCUUGUAGGCAUGCAGUUGCAGCCAUAGGUAAGAGAGAUGGAAGGCCAGAAGACUAUGUCCAUGAGUGUUAUUCUAGAAAGACAUAUGAAGCAUGUUACAGCCAUAAUGUGAGUGCCAUUAAUGGACAAGAUAUGUGGCCUGAGGUGGAAUGUGAGGAGAUGCUUCCACCAACUUAUAAAAAAGGGCCUGGGAGACCAAAGAAGCUUAGGAGGAGGGAGCCUGGUGAGGCUAGUCAAACACAAGGCAAGUAUAGCAGAGCAAACACAAGCUACAGAUGCACAACUUGUAACAAAUUUGGGCACAAUGCAAGAGGAUGCAAGAGUCAGACAGUUGACCCUGAAGCACAAAAGAGGAAGAGGAAAGCACCUAAACCAACAACAAGGCAAGAGGAGAAUGAAGGGCAAUCAGUACAGAGUUAUGGGCAAGCAGAGGGCACAAGCCAGGUCCAAUGUGAAGUUGUCAGUCAAGGUGAACCAGAAGUUGAAGUUGGUCAAGCACAAGUUUCUCAAAGGCAAGCACAAGUAUCUCGGGCAACUCAAGUUGAAAGUAGUCAGGGAUCUAUAAGUACUAUGAUGGGUGAGAAAGUUGAACCAGUCAAGAAGAAGAGAAGACUUGUUAAGGGACUUCCUAAAUGCAACCCAUCAAAACAGGUAAACCCUCCAAGUGCAUUUAUGAGAACAAACCCACUUGCACCAACACAAACACAAACUGUCAUUGAACCAAGUGCAUCAAUACACACCACAGUUCACACUGGUAGGAGCUCAAAAACAAUUGUAGCACCAUCUGCAAAAGUCAACACAUCUGUACAAGCUCACCCAAACACAGUUAACAUUGGUAAGCCUAGUGCAAAGGUCUACACCAAUGUUAAGACUACUAACACAUCUCAAACAACUGUGAAACCAUCUGUUGAUGUGAGUACAACAGUAAACACAUCAACACACUCAAAAACAUUUGUUAAACCAUAUACCAUUGUGAAAACUAUUUGUGAACCUGUCCUAAAAUCUGUUCCACCCAAACCAUCUGUUGCACCAACACAAGCACCAAGACAAUCAAAGUCAGAAGGUAAGAAGCAUGGCUUAGGUAAAGUGAGGAGAAGUGGUAGGAAUGUUUGGAGAACUAAUGCUAACAAGAAGGGACCAGGAAAGAAUAUGGAUGACCCAAUUCAUAUAGCUGAAGAUUGUAAUGCUGAUGCUCAGAAGGAGACUGAUCCCCCUGUCAAAGUUGUCCCAGAGGCAAAGCUUGGAUCAUGUCUAGGCCUCCUUAGAAAAGUUGACACCAUAAAAUAUGUUUAAUGUGUUUUAAUUUGUUGGUUUUAACUGUGUAUGCAACUUGAAUGGAAUUUUGCCUAGCAUUUUGGUUAAGUAUUAUGUGGUUAAGUAUUUUGUGGUCAAGUAUUUUGGUUGUAAUUCUUGGCUAAGUCCAAGUAAUGUUGACAGAUUAUGGGUUACACCCUUUAAGUCUUCUAGUUAAGUAUUUUGGUUGUAAUUCUUGUUUAUGCACAAGUUAUGAACAAGUUCUAUGUUGACAUCA